CCCAAAACAAAGAAUCGUUACCCACAGAAUCGACACCUGACCAUCUGGGAUUCGUAAAAACCAUACCCGAUAUUAUUGGCGUUGAUCAACAAGAAGCUAUUAAAAAUGCGAGCUACCCAAAUAAACAUUCGAUGUUUGUGGAAUCGAAUACCUUGUGUGCACAAACAAUUCAAGGUACAAUUCCCACGUCAGCAUUAAGAAAGGGAUACGUUGUAAAGAACUACCCAGCCGCCAAAAUCAACGCUGUAACCGGACUAUAUGAGAGGAGCCCGCCUCAACGACUUAACUCGACCAUUACAAGAGAGAAUAUCAGUAGCAGUUUGAUGGCCCAACUAAAGAAAUACAUUCCCCACAUUUGGCGAACGUACACUCCCUUCACGGGCACCUACAGAAACCCGUGCCGUGUCAGCCCAACAUCGGUUUACUGUCUCCCAUACUUCUAUGUCUUGACAGGAGCUAAGAGCGGCUCAACUGAUUUUUGGUAUUCGCUUGAGUUGCAUCCGAUGGUAUACUCAACGCCUAAAGAACCGCACUGGUGGACAAGAAAGACAAACCACGAAAUUGCUAGAUACGACCGCUUCUACAAAAAAUUUGAGCAAUGUGUUCGAACAGACACUGAUCCAAACAUUCAUAACUACAUAACGGCGAUUUGA